GACAUUUAAAGGCGAAAGGGUGUAACAUUUAUCUUAUUGCGUUUCAUAUGAUUACAGAACUCUGUACUGCGUGUGCGCAGUGAUGUAAAACACACUUUCGUCGUUAAAUACAUGUGUUCAUCCUCUCAAAACACACAAGUAGUAUAGAGAGGUGCAUUCCAUGCCGGGUCCCAAAUCUAGGUCAUAUCUUAAAAUAGAUUAGAUCACAUGAUAUCUGUUUAUAUCCAUUUAACCUGUUGUCAAUGUAUUGUUAUUAUUUGUGUCGCUUUAUUUUGAAAGUAGUUUAAAUGUCUAUUGUUUAACACGGGCAUGACAACAACUACGAGUCUUUUGAAGAAUCGUUAUUUACUACAGUCGUAUAAAUAAUGAUAAGUUCCUAUCGAAACAAUACGUGUGUCCGCCUUGGAGAUUAAUCUAAUUUGAUACAUCUAUUUGGGUAGAAACAUGCCAGGAACCUGCUCACUGAGAAUCCGACAACUGUAUAUUAUCUAAGAUUGACAUAAGUAUUCUUAUACUUAUCCUAGGAUAAGGUAAAGCUAAGAACACGUCUUACUAACAAAACAAAUUAGCGGGAAACUGUUGUAAGAAAGUCAAAACCUGAUUAUUAGACGAUGGUAAACCGUCUCGGGCAUGACUAUUUACACAGACAAAUCUAUACACGUUUGAAUAAAUCCCUGGAGUCAAUAUAUAUGUGUACGUACAUUGGGGGAAAAGCAUCACAUUUGAAUUUUUUUACAUUGUGAGAUCAUGUUAAUAAUUUUUAUAACAAAAUGGAAAGCAGCAGCGAGUACGAUUCGGAUUCCUUGAUGGAAAUUCAAAAGAUGGAGGAUGAGGACAAAAGAGUCCGACAUCUUCUUAAAACCAAGGCGGGAGACAUCAAUGCAGCACGAGAGUCUGCCGUGAAAAGAAGAAAUGAGAGGACGAAGCAGAGAAUUGCGGAACAAGCCAACAGGAGAGAAAGAGAGUUUCAGAACCGACGCAAACAGACAGGGGAGGAGAAUCGCAUAGCGAGUCUGUUAAGGUCAAAGAGAGAGGAAAUCAAGCAGUCCAGGGAAGAUGCCAUUAAAAAAAGAGAAAAUAACAUUAGAAAAAGAAUGGAAGAGCAAGCCGCAAGGAGGGCGAAAAUAUUGGAGGAUCGUAGACAACUUGAGGCGCUACAAGUUGAGGUGCAGGAGCUAAACGAGGCGGCGGCAUGGGGUAAGGUUAACGUGAGUGUUUAAUCAUGAAAUCAUAGCGCGUAAUU